CCGCGAUGGGGAAGGACUAUUACCGCAUCCUGGGCCUGGCCCGCGGAUCUACCGAGGACGACAUCAAGAAGGCGUAUCGCAAGCAGGCGCUGCGCUACCAUCCCGACAAGAACAAGGACCCUGGCGCCGAGGAGCGCUUCAAGGAGAUCGCCGAGGCGUACGACGUGCUCAGCGACCCCAAGAAGCGCGAGAUAUUUGACAAGUUCGGCGAAGAGGGACUAAAGGGAGCCGGUCCCAGCUGCAGUGGAGGUGGUCCCAAUGGCACUUCAUUUACCUACACCUUUCAUGGAGACCCUCAUGCCAUGUUUGCCGAGUUCUUUGGUGGGCGCAAUCCUUUUGACACAUUUUUUGUGCAAAGGAAUGGAGAUGAAGACAUGGAUGUUGAUGAUCCUUUUGCAAAUUUUCAAAGCUUUGGAAACGUUGGCUUUACUCGCACUCGUGGAGGCCGUGAAAACACACGCAGAAAACAAGACCCUCCUAUUACUCAUGACUUGAGAGUAUCCUUGGAGGAGAUUUACACUGGGUGUACCAAGAAAAUGAAAAUUUCUCAUAGGCGUCUCAAUUCAGAUGGGAAAACCACACGUACUGAAGAUAAGAUCCUAACCAUUGAAGUGAAGCGUGGAUGGAAAGAAGGAACAAAGAUUACUUUCCCCAAAGAAGGAGACCAAACACCAAACAACAUUCCAGCUGAUAUUGUCUUUGUUUUAAAGGACAAGCCACACAGCAUUUUUAAGAGAGAUGGAUCUGAUAUUGUAUACCCAGCCAAGAUCAGCCUCCGUGAGGCUCUGUGUGGUUGUACCGUGAAUACUCCGACGCUCGAUGGUAGGACCAUACCAAUGGUAUUCAAGGAUAUCAUUAAACCUGGAAUGAAGCGAAGAAUUCCUGGAGAAGGGCUUCCAUUUCCCAAGAACGUAAACCAGCGAGGGGAUCUUAUUAUUGAGUUUGAUGUAAGAUUCCCGGACAGAAUUCCACAGGCUUCAAAAAGUGUCCUAGAACAGAUCUUGCCAAUAUAA